AUGGCUAUAGUCAGCCUAUCACCAAGGAAGAGCUCCAAAGCUUCAUGGAGACCGUUUCAUAGUGUGGUCUUUGAAAUGGGCAACCAGUGCCCAGACAGACACACAGGCAGUCUCCCAUUCAGCCCUGAUAAGAGGAACUCUGAGCUCAGCUCUCUCAUCACACACCCCAUCCUCAAGAGACUCCGACUGUAUCAUAGAGCUGAGCGAGCAAUGAGCUUGGUGGAGUCUGAGUCUGCCUGGAAACUGGGUCAAAGGCAGCGCAUGCAUGGGUCUCUAUGCAUGUGGUGAAGGGGGGGGGUUACUGCUGAAGUAUAUAGAUGUAAGUGGUGGGGGAGGGUUUCCAUUGUAGGGAGGUAGUAGGGGGGAUGUUGGAGAUGAGAAAGAGGCCCUGUAUUGUAUUGGCUGACUUUAUAUUUUUUGUAUUAUCUUAAUCUACAAAUGUUACCACAAUGUUAGAAUCUAAAGUAUCAGUAAUGUGAAUCAUGCUCUCUUUCGAGAAUCAGACUUGAUAUGGCACCAUAAAUUAGGAAGAUGUACGAAGGAAGUUUGAUUCUCUCCCUCAAGGCAAAAGGCAGCCAUUCUGGCUACCAUGGCAGAGAGUAGGGGGGGAUGGGAAACUUGUGAGCACUGGACAGGGAUGAUGAGCAACAAUCACAUUCAUUCAUUAAUCACAGCUUGGCAAACACUAUGAAAUUAGUAAAAUGUACUAAAGAAGAUUCUGAGUCUCUUCCUCAAAAAAGCUAUAUCCAGCCAUUCUGACAACCGUGACAGGGGGUGGGGCAUUUAGCAAUGACUUUGCACUAGUGGGGCCUUUGCCAGGUCAGAUGUCCCCUGAAGGGCUCAGUGUAGUGGUUGGUUGGUGUGACUGGUGUGGUGUGGCUGGCUGGCUACUAGUAUAGGGGUGGAGGUGGGUUUUAUGAUUUGGUCAACAGGAAGUAAAUCAGAGAUGCAGGAGAGAACAGUAACCCCAACAAUAAUAGGAUGUAGUGGACAAGCUACAUUUGUGCUCCAUAGUUCUGUGCCAAAUGUCCAUUCUCGUGUAUAUAGAGUUAUUUGAUUCUCUCUAACAAUCCAGCCCUAGGUAUGGUAAUGGCUGAGACACAUUUUCUGUUUGGUCUCCAAAACACAAUAAACUCAGGAAUGCAUCUUCCUGAACACAUACAGUAUCCUACCUGCUGACUGCACAAAAGGUGGUGUGUGUGUGUGUUGAGAGUGAGAUAGGCAACAGUAAACAUCUCUGUUGAUAUUGUACACAGAGAUGAAGGCAUAAGGACAAGGGCAUUUCAGAUUGAUGAUAAGAAACAAACCUGUUUGUUAAAAAAUCAUAUUAAAUCAAAUUGUAUUUGUCACAUGCUUCGUAGACAACAGGUGUCGACUAACAGUGAAGUACUUACUUACGGGUCCAUUUCCAACAAUGCAGAGUUAAAGAUGAGAUAAAAAAUAAAAAUAUUGACAUGAGGAAUAAAUACAGUGAAUAACUAAUUAAAAAUAACUAGUAAAAAUAACAUGGUUAUAUACAGGGAGUACCAGUAUCGAGUCGAUGUGCAGAGCUAUGAGGUAAUUGAGGUAACUAUGUAUUGUAUAUUGAACAAAAAUAUAAACGCAACAUGCAACAAUUUCAACGAUUUUACUGACUUACACUUCAUACAGUGCCUUGCAAAAGUGUUCAUCCCCCUUGGCAUUUUUCCUAUUUUGUUGCAUUACAACCUGUAAUUUAAAUGGAUUUUUAUUUGGAUUUCAUGUAAUGGACAUACACAAAAUAGUCCAAAUUGGUGAAGUGAAAUGAAAAAAAUAACUUGUUUCAAGGAAUUCUACUAAAUAAAUAACGGAAAAGUGGUGCGUGCAUAUGUAUUCACUCCCUUUGCUAUGAAGCCCCUAAAUAAGAUCUGGUGCAACCAAUUACCUUCAGAAGUCACAUAAUUAGUUAAACAAAGUCCACCUGUGUGAAAUCUAAGUGUCACAUGAUCUGUCACAUGAUCUCAGUAUGUAUACACCUGUUCUGAAAGGCCCCAGAGUCUGCAACACCACUAAGCAAGGGGCACCACCAAGCAAGCGGCACCAUGAAGACCAAGGAGCUCUCCAAACAGGUCAGGGACAAAGUUGUGGAGAAGUACAGAUCAGGGUUGGGUUAUAAAAAAAUAUUUAAAACUUUGAACAUCCCACGGAGCACCAUUAAAUCCAUGAUUUAAAAAUGGAAAGAAUAUGGCACCACAACAAACCUGCCAAGAGAGGGCCGCCCACCAAAACUCACGGACCAGGCACGGAGGGUAUUAAUCAGAGAGGCAACAAAGAGACCAAAGAUCACCCUGAAGGAGCUGCAAAUCUCCACAGCGGAUAUUGGAGUAUCUGUCCAUAGGACCACUUUAAGCCGUACACUCCAUAGAGCUGGGCUUUACGGAAGAGUGGCCAGAAAAAAGCCAUUGCUUAAAGAAAUAAAUAAGCAAACAUGUUUGGUGUUCGCCAAAAGCCAUGUGGGAGACUCCCCAAACAUAUGGAAGAAGGUACUCUGGUCAGAUGAGACAAGAAUUGAGCUUUUUGGCCAUCAAGGAAAAUCACCCCGAGAACACCAUCCCCACAGUGAAGCAUGGUGGUGGCAGCAUUGUGCUGUGGGGAUGUUUUUCAACGGCAGGGACUGGGAAACUGGUCAGAAUUGAAGGAAUGAUGGAUGGCGCUAAAUACAGGGAAAUUCUUGAGGGGAAACCUGUUUCAGUCUUCCAGAGAUUUGAGACUGGGACGGAUGUUCACCUUCAAGCAGGACAAUGACCCUAAGCAUACUGCUAAAGCAACACUCGAGUGGUUUAAGGGGAAACAUUUAAAUGUCUUGGGAAGGCCUAGUCAAAGCCCAGACCUCAAUCCAAUUGAGAAUAUGUGGUAUGACUUAAAGAUUGCUCUACACCAGCGGAACCCAUCCAACUUGAAUGAGCUGGAGCAGUUUUGCCUUGAAGAAUGGGCAAAAAUCCCAGUGGCUAGAUGUACCAAGCUUAUAGAGACAUACCCCAAGAGACUUGCAGCUGUAAUUGCUGCAAAAGGUGGCUCUACAAAGUAUUGACUUUGGGGGGGGUGAAUAGUUAUGCACGAUCAAGUUUUCUGUUUUUUUUUGUCUUAUUUCUUGUUUGUUUCACACAAAAACAUUUUUGCAUCAUCAAAGUGGUAGGCAUGUUGUGUAAAUCAAAUGAUGCAAACCCCAAAAAUUUUUUAUUCCAGGUUGUAAGGCAACAAAAUAGGAAAAAUGCCAAGGGGGUGAAUACUUUCGCAAGCCACUGUAUAAGGAAAUUAGUCAAUUGAAAUAAAUGCAUUAGGCCCUAAUCUAUGGAUUUCACAUGACUGGGAAUACAGAUAUGCAUCUGUUGGUCACAGAUACCUUAAAGAAAAGGUAGGCCCGUGGAUCAGAAAACCAGCCAGUAUCUGGUGUGACCACCAUUUGCCUCAUGCAGUGCGACACAUCUCCUUUGCAUAGAAUUGAUCAGGCUGUUGAUUGUGGCCUAUGGAAUGUUGUCCCACUCCUCUCCAAUGGCUGUGCGAAGUUGCUCGAUAUUAGCGGGACCUGGAACACGCUGUCGUACACGUCGAUCCAGAGCAUCCCAAACAUGCUCAAUCGGUGACACGUCUGUGAGUAUGCAGUUCAUACAAGAACUGGGACAUUUUCAGCUUCCAGGAAUUGUGUACAGAUCCUUGAGACAUGGGGCCGUGCGUUAUCAUGCUGAAACAUGAGGUGAUGGCGGCGGAUGAAUGACACGACAAUGGGCCUCAGGAUCUCGUCACGGUUUCUCUUUGCAUUCACAUUGCCAUUGAUAAAAUGCAAUUGUGUUUGUUGUCUGUAGCUUAUACCUGCCCAUACCAAAACCCCACCGCCACCAUGGGGCACUCUGUUCACAACUUUGACAUCAGCAAACCGCUCGCCCACACGACGCCAUACACCUGGUCUGCGGUUGUGAGGCCAGUCUGACUUACUGCCAAAUUCUCUAAAAUGACGUUGGAGGCAGCUUGUGGUAGAGAAAUUAACAUUAAAUUCUCUGGCAAUAGCUCUGGUGGACAUUCCAGCAGUAAGCAUGCCAAUUGCAUGCUACCUCAAAGCAUGAUGCAUUGUGUUGUGUGACAGAACUGCACAUUUUAGAGUGGCCUUUUAUUGUCCCCAGCACAAGGUGCACCUGUGUAAUGAUCAUGCUAAUCAGCUUCUUGAUAUGCCACACCUGUCAGGUGGAUGGAUUAUUUUAGCAAAAGAGAAAUGCUCAUUUUUGUUCAGUGUACAUAUAGGUAGAGAUAAAGUGACUAGGCAACAGGAUAGAUAAUAGACAGUAGCAGCAGCGUAUGUGGUGAAUGUGAAAGUGUGUGUGUGGGUGUGGCGUCAGUAUGCAUGUACAGUUGAAGUCGGAAGUUUACAUACACUUAGGUUGGAGUCAUUAAAACUCGUUUUUCAACCACUCCACAAAUGUCUUGUUACCAAACUAUAGUUUUUGAACAAGGUCUGCACUGGUGGUGCCCCGAUCCUGCAGCUGAAUCAACUUUAGGAGACGGUCCUGGUGCUUGCUGAAUUUCUUGGGCGCCCUGGCGCCUUCUUCACAACAUUUGAACCUCUCUCCUUGAAGUUCUUGAUGAUCCGAUAAAUGGUUGAUUUAGGUGCAAUCUUACUAGCAGCAAUAUCCUUGCCUGUGAAGCCCUUUUUGUGCAAAGCAAUGAUGACGGCAUGUGUUUCCUUGCAGGUAACCAUGGUUAACAGAGGAAGAACAAUGAUUUCAAGCACCACCCUCCUUUUAAAGCUUCCAGUCUGUUAUCCUAACUCAAUCAGCAUGACAGAGUGAUCUCCAGCCUUGUCCUCGUCAACACUUUCACUUGUGUUAACGAGAGAAUCACUGACAUGAUGGCAGCUGGUCCUUUUGUGGCAGGGCUGAAAUGCAGUGGAAAUGUUUUUGGGGGAUUAAGUUCAUUUUCAUGGCAAAGAGGGACUUUGCAAUUCAUCUGAUCACUCUUCAUGACAUUCUGGAGUAUAUGCAAAUUGCCAUUCUCAAAACUUUUGACCACGACUAUAUAUACAGUUGAAGUCGGAAGUUUACAUACACUUAGGUUGGAGUCAUUAAAACUAGUUUUUCAACCACUCCACAAAUUUAUUUUUAACAAACUAUAGUUUUGGCAAGUCGGUUAGGACAUCUACUUUGUGCAUGACGCAAGUACUUUUUCCAACAAUUGUUUACAGACAGAUUAUUUCACUUAAAAUUCACUGUAUCCCAAUUCCAGUGGGUCAGAAGUUUGCAUACACUAAGUUGACUCUGCCUUUAAAAAGCUUGGAAAAUUCCAGAAAAUGAUGUCAUGGCUUUAUAAGCUUCUGAUAGGCUAAUUAACACAAUUUGAGUCAAUUGGAGGUGUACCUGUGGAUGUAUUUCAAGGCCUACCUUCAAACUCAGUACCUCUUUGCUUGACAUCAUGGGAAAAUAAAAAUAAAUCAGCCAAGACCUCAGAAGAAAUUUGUAGACCUCCACAAGUCUGGUUCAUCCUUGGGAGCAAUUUCCAAACGCCUGAAGAUACCAUGUUCAUCUGUACAAACAAUAGUACGCAAGUAUAAACACCAUGGGACCACCCAGCCGUCAUACCGCUCAGGAAGGAGACGCGUUCUGUCUCCUAGAGAUGAACGUACUUUGGUGCGAAAAGUGCAAAUCAAUCCCAAAACAACAGCAAAGGACCUUUUUUCCUAAGAUGCUGGAGGAAACAGGUACAAAAGUAUCUAUAUCCACAGUAAAACGAGUCCUAUAUUGACAUAACCUGAAAGCCACUCAGCAAGGAAGAAGCCAUUCCUCCAAAACCGCCAUAAAAAAGCCAGACAACGGUUUCCAACUGCACAUGGGGACAAAGAUCGUACUUUUUGGAGAAAUGUCCUCUGGUCUGAUGAAACAAAAAUAGAACUGUUUGGCCAUAAUGACCAUCGUUAUGUUUGGAGGAAAAAGGGGGAUGCUUGCAAGCCGAAGAACACCAUCUCAACCGUGAAGCACGGGGGUGGCAGCAUCAUGCUGUGGGGGUGCUUUGCUGCAGGAGGGACUCGUGCACUUCACAAAAUAGAUGGCAUCAUGAGGAAGGAAAAUUAUGUGGAUAUAUUGAAGCAACACCUCAAGACAUCAGUCAGGAAGUUAAAGCUUGGUCGCAAAUGGGUCUUCCAACUGGACAAUGACCCCAAGCAUACUUCCAAAGUUGUGGCAAAAUGGCUUAAGGACAACAAAGUCAAGGUAUUGGAGUGGCCAUCACAAAGCCCUGACCUCAAUCCUAUAGAAAAUGUGUGGGCAGAACUGAAAAAGCGUGUGCGAGCAAGGAGGCCUACAAACCUGACUCAGUUACACGAGCUCUGUCAGGAGAAAUGGGCCAAAAUUCACCCAACUUAUUGUGGGAAGCUUGUGGAAGGCUACCCAAAACGUUUGACCCAAGUUAAACAAUUUAAAGUGAACUGAAAUAAAUCAUUCUCUCCACUAUUAUUCUGACAUUUCACAUUCUUAAAAUAAAGUGGUGAUCCUAACUGACCUAAGACAGGGAAUCUUUACUAGGAUUAAAUGUCAGGAAUUGUGAAAAACUGAGUUUAAAUGUAUUUGGCUAAGGUGUAUGUAAACUUCCGACUUCAACUGUAUGUGGAUGUUAUGUGUGUGUGGGCCUAUGUAGUGUGUGUCUGUGUGAGUGUGUGGGUGGAGUCCAGUGUGUGUCAUAGAGUCAGUGCAAGAGAGUUAGUGCAAAAAAAGGUCAAUGCAGGUAGUCCGGGUAGCCAUUUGAUUAGCUACAUUAUUUAGCAGUCUUGUUUAGAGGUCUUAUGGCCUGGGGGUAGAAGCUGUUCAGGGUCCUGUUGGUUCCAGACUUGGUGCAUUGGUACCGCCUGCCGUGCGGUAGCAGAGAGAACAGUCUGUGGCUUGGGUGGCUGGAGUCUUUGAACAUUUGUUGGCCCUUCCUCUGACACCACCUGGUUUAGAGGUCCUACACUCUGAAAAGAAAACAUUCCUGGUAUCCUUUAGGGGUUCUUCAAAUUGAAACUGUGGGGGAUCCCCUAUAAGUUAUUCAAAGAACCCUUUUUUUGUGUGUAAUUUUUACCUCCCUUUUUCUCGCCAAUUUCGUGAUUUACGAUCUUGUCUCAUCGCUGCAACUCCCCAAUGGGCUCGGGAGAGGUGAAGGUCGAGUUAUGCGUCCUCCGAAACAUGACCCUUCAAACCGCGCUUCUUAACACACUUAACCCGGAAGCCAGCUGCACCAAUGUGUCAGAGGAAACACUGUUCAACUGACGACCAAAGAUAGCCUGCAGGCGCCUGGUCCGCCACAAGGAGUCGCUAGAGCACGAUGAGCCAAGUAAAGCCCCCCUCCUGGCCAAACCUUACCCUAACCCGGUCAACGCUGGGCCAAUUGUGUGCCACCCUAUGGGACUCCCGGUCACAGCCGGUAAUGACAUUGCCUGGGAUCGAACCCCAGGCUGUAUUGACGCCGCAACACUGUGAUGCAGUGCCUUAGACCGCUGCGCCACUCGGGAGGUCCAAAGAACCCCUUUUAAUGGAUCCUCAAAUAACCUUUUGAAUAACUACCCCCCCCCCCAUUAUUAUUAUUAUUAAUAAUAAUAAUAAUAAUACGCAUAACAAUAACAACAAUAACACAAUAUUUUAGUUGUCAGUGUUUAUUAUGAUUUUAGUGGCAAAGCAGAAUUAAAACAUCCAAAUAUGAGGUAAACUCCCAGCAGAGCUCCAAGUCCAAUGGGUAUAUCCUCUGGCGUGUUGAUGUUCUCCGUAUCCAUACACAGAAUGAUUUUGCAGUGCAUGGUGAUCGAACAGGUUUCCUGUUAUAUUCAUCAGAGGUGUAGGGAGGGUGAAGUCUGUGAAUCCCCAAAAUAGCAAUUAUACAGAUGAUUAACAAAUGACAGUAUUCAUACCUUGGUUUUUGUGGUAAAUGUGAAUGAAAAAAACUGUUUUGAUAAUGGUUUUCAUACACAUACCUUGUCCAUAAUGUAGAGGCCUAUGGGAUAUUAAUUGAAGAGGUAAGGGAAGAGGAUGGUAAAUGUGAUCAGCAUAACAUACCAAUACCAAUUGACAUACCUUUGUAUGCCUCCUCGUCUGUAAAUCUGCAGACACAGACACAAAAGUGAGCAGUUAAGUCAUCUGCACCCAAUACAGCUAGCCUUCAACAUAUUCUUAUAGCCUACAUAUUCUUACCUAUUUGUUGAUUGAUAUCCAUUGAAUUAUGUACAUGUUCUGUUUAAGAAAGAUUUGCACAAAUAUGAAAAGAUAGAUGGUAUCAUCGUAAAAAAAUAUCAAUUCCAAGGGACAAACCUUACCCUAAAUUGAGAUCUUUCAAUUUUUUCAGUUACAGUGGGGAAAAAAAGUAUUUAGUCAGCCACCAAUUGUGCAUGUUCUCCCACUUAAAAAGAUGAGAGAGGCCUGUAAUUUUCAUCAUAGGUACACGUCAACUACGACAGACAAAAUGAGGAAAAAAAAUCCAGAAAAUCACAUUGUAGGAUUUUUAAUGAAUUUAUUUGCAAAUUAUGGUGGAAAAUAAGUAUUUGGUCAAUAACAAAAGUUUCUCAAUACUUUGUUAUAUACCCUUUGUUGGCAAUGACACAGGUCAAACGUUUUCUGUAAGUCUUCACAAGGUUUUCACACACUGUUGCUGGUAUUUUGGCCCAUUCCUCCAUGCAGAUCUCCUCUAGAGCAGUGAUGUUUUGGGGCUGUCGCUGGGCAACACGGACUUUCAACUCCCUCCAAAGAUUUUCUAUGGGGUUGAGAUCUGGAGACUGGCUAGGCCACUCCAGGACCUUGAAAUGCUUCUUACGAAGCCACUCCUUCGUUGCCCGGGCGGUGUGUUUGGGAUCAUUGUCAUGCUGAAAGACCCAGCCACGUUUCAUCUUCAAUGCCCUUGCUGAUGGAAGGAGGUUUUCACUCAAAAUCUCACGAUACAUGGCCCCAUUCAUUCUUUCCUUUACACGGAUCAGUCGUCCUGGUACCUUUGCAGAAAAACAGCCCCAAAGCAUGAUGUUUCCACCCCCAUGCUUCACAGUAGGUAUGGUGUUCUUUGGAUGCAACUCAGCAUUCUUUGUCCUCCAAACACGACGAGUUGAGUUUUUACCAAAGAGUUCUGUUUUGGUUUCAUCUGACCAUAUGACAUUCUCCCAAUCCUCUUCUGGAUCAUCCAAAUGCACUCUAGCAAACUUCAGACGGGCCUGGACAUGUACUGGCUUAAGUAGGGGGACACGUCUGGCACUGCAGGAUUUGAGUCCCUGGCGGCGUAGUGUGUUACUGAUGGUAGGCUUUGUUACUUUGGUCCCAGCUCUCUGCAGGUCAUUCACUAGGUCCCCCCGUGUGGUUCUGGGAUUUUUGCUCACCGUUCUUGUGAUCAUUUUGACCCCACGGGGUGAGAUCUUGCGUGGAGCCCCAGAUCGAGGGAGAUUAUCAGUGGUCUUGUAUGUCUUCCAUUUCCUAAUAAUUGCUCCCACAGUUGAUUUCUUUAAACCAAGCUGCUUACCUAUUGCAGAUUCAGUCUUCCCAGCCUGGUGCAGGUCUACAAUUUUGUUUCUGGUGUCCUUUGACAGCUCUUUGGUCUUGGCCAUAGUGGAGUUUGGAGUGUGACUGUUUGAGGUUGUGGACAGGUGUCUUUUAUACUGAUAACAAGUUCAAACAAAUGCCAUUAAUACAGGUAACGAGUGGAGGACAGAGGAGCCUCUUAAAGAAGAAGUUACAGGUCUGUGAGAGCCAGAAAUCUUGCUUGUUUGUAGGUGACCAAAUACUUAUUUUCCACCAUAAUUUGCAAAUCAAUUCAUUAAAAAUCCUACAAUGUGAUUUUCUGGAGAAAAAAAUUCUCAAUUUGUCUGUCAUAGUUGACGUGUACCUAUGAUGAAAAUUACAGGCCUCUCUCAUCUUUUUAAGUGGGAGAACUUGCACAAUUGGUGGCUGACUAAAUACUUUUUUUCCCCACUGUAAGUGCCUGCACCUGCUGUCCUUUCAAAUUCAAAUCCAAAUGUUUCAGUUGGGCAGUUAGGUUAUUGCAAGAAGCCCCACCAACUAAGGAGGUUCCUCAAUGAACCCCACCUCCUAUGAGGUUCUUGGAAUAACCUUUUGUGGGCAAUUUUCAGUGCCAAGAACACUAAGGUUCUUCAAAGAACUUUAAGGAUCUUAGAAUAACUAUUGUUGAACCCCUAAUUUUUAGAGUGUAGAUGGCAGGGAGCUCAUCCCCAGUGAUGUACUGGGCCGAACACACUACCCUCUGUAGCACCUUGAGGUCAGAUGCCAAGCAGUUGCCAUACCAAGAGGUGAUGCAGCCAAGAUUAUCUCGAUGGUGCAGCUGUAUAUCUUUUUGAGGAUCUGAGGGCCCAUUCCAAAUCUUUUCAGCCUCCUGAGGGGGAAGAGGUGUUGUCGUGCCCUCUUCACGACUAUGUUGGUGUGUUUGGACCAUGAUAGAUUCUUAGUGAUGUGGACAACCGAGGAACUUGAAGCUCUCGACCCGCUCUACUACAACCUCGUCGAUGUGAAUGGGGGCGUGCUCGGCCCCUCCGUUUCCUGUAGUCCACGAUCAGCUCCUUUGUCUUACUGAUGUUGAAGGAGAGGUUGUUGUCCUGGCACCACACUGCCAGGUCUCUGACCUCCUCCCUAUAGGCUGUCUCAUCAUCGUUGGUGAUCAGGCCUACCACCGUCGUGUUGUCGGAAAACUUAAAGAUUGUUUUGGAGUCAUGCGCGGCCACGCAGUCGUUGGUGAACAGGGAGUACAGUAGGGGACUAAACAUGCACCCCUGAGGAGCCCCCGUGUUGAGGGUCAGCGUGGCGGAUGUGUUGUAGCCUACCCUCACCACCUGGGGGCGGCCCGUCAGGAAGUCCAGGAUCCAGUUGCAGAGGGAGGUGUUCAGUCCCAGGGACCUUAGCUUAAUGAUGAGCUUGGAGGGCACUAUGGUGUUGAAUGCUGAGCUCUAGUCAAUGAACAGCAUUCGCAUGUGUUCCUUUUGUCCAAGUGGGAAAGGGCAGUGUGGAGUGCAAUCUACAAUUCUAGAUAAUUCACCUGUAGUGUAGCUAGCUGUAGGCCACUGAACAUUACCAAAGCAAUUUACAAACCCAUCUCUGCCAUUACUCAGAAUAGUUGUUUUUCCUAUUCUAGCCACUGGAGGGCAGCAGAGGGAGCGAUCUACCGGGCGUUACUACUGACAAUCGGCGAUGACUCUCCUCACAUUCUGCAUCUGAGUGGAGGAGAGAGCGAGAGGCUGGAACUUCCUGUGUGCAAUCUCUGUUCACCCGUUUUACAUACUGUACACAGGAAUAUUUUCGGAGCUGCAAAGUGAGAAGGAGGGAGUGUAUGGCUAUUUAGAGAGAAAGUCCUCAGUGCAGAAUUAGUAAAUGCAGAUUGUUUACAUCAGUUGGAGAAGCUUUUCCUUCUUCUGCGCAUUGUGGCGACGGUUGCCUCGACUCACCCUCGCCGCAGAUAGCGUCAGUGGAGCUGGCCAUGGGGCCGUGAUACAGCCCGGGCCCUGACGGAGGAUCUGCGUUGCAUGAGAAAAGGAACAUUAUUUACUUUCCUGACUGCUGCAUGAAACAAGAGCGAUAUCAAGGAAAAAACGGCUUUUUUCUAACUGAAAUAUUGUUCCAAGACAAUUGCAUGAUCUGAUAUUUGAGGGAGUGUGUUGAUGUGCCGACCAAGCUGACCGAGAUUAUUAUGGCUGUUCUAAAACUCGUCGAGCAGGUAGCUAUGCCAAUUUGACUAAUAAUUAACAUUUAGUUGUUUCUAGAUGGUCUAUAAGCAUUACCAUUGUGGUUACUCUAUUGAUAAAGAAAUGCGUAAGUAAGUCCUAUUUCCUGGGCAAGCAGAAUGUUUUUGUAAACGUUGCAUUUGAGAAAUUAUUCUCAUGCAUUGCAUGCAAGCGAGAGGAAAUUGUUUUUCUGGUGCCCAUAAGGAACAGAUGUGGUCCGCUACGCGAGCGAGGUGUGCUUGGCAUCUUGCGCAGUGAAUGAAAUUGUGCGGUGUGUUAUCGCAUUUUAUAGAUGCCUUUGCAGUAUUUCUUUAGUUAUUUGUUCUGUUCAACUUUUUAAAAUUAGGACAACGGAUUCGGGGUUACUUAACUCCUGAGUGGCGCAGUGGUCUAAGGCACUGCAUCGCAGUGCUAACUGUGCCACUAGAGAUCCUGGUUCGAAUCCAGGCUCUGUCGCAGCCGGCCGCGACCGGGAGACUCAUGGGCGGCGCACAAUUGGCCCAGCGUCGUCCAGGGUAGGGGAGGGAAUGGCCGGCAGGGAUGUUGAUAGAGCAUGGCGUUUGCAACGCCAGGGUUGUGGGUUCGUUUCCCACGGGGGGCCAGUAUAAAAAGAUAUGUAUUCACUAACUGUAAGUCGCUCUGGAUAAGAGCGUCUGCUAAAUGACUAAAAUGUAAUGUAAAUGUUACUUCCUGCUGGCUCUCCUGCUGAAGAAGCUGUACCCUGGUUGUAUCACUGCCACCGGAAUUUAGCUGUGAAUUCCUUUAUCGUGUUCUAAUUAUAAUGUUACUGUGUGCUCCUGUUAUGAUAUUUCAAGUUGAUACAUGUUACACUCUCUCUGGCUACUUUUACUCUCUCCAUUUUGUCUAAAGACAGUGUUCUGCAUUUUGGGCUUGCCUAAUCAAGUUCCACAUUUCUUUCUUCCUCCUAAAUUAUAAAUACAUUAUAGUCAGCAAGAAGAGUAGGAUGUUGAGAAAAAUGGCCUACUUGUGUCACUUAACUUCAAACUUCACCAUCAGAGCAUAUACUAUAUUUUUACAGCCAUUGGCCACAAUGCAAUGUUUCUGGCACCACACGCAUAUCUGAGAGGUUGUUCACCAUGUAGGGGGCUGUUUUCGUUCUAGAGGUGCUGAGUGGCAGGGUCAAGGGGAUAAUAAUAAAACCUCUACAGAGGUCAAACAAAAAACAUACAUUUCAAAGUUUAAAGGUCCAAUGCAGCCGUUUUUAUCUCAAAUCAUUUCUGGGUAACAAUUAAGUACCUUAAUGUGAUUGUUUUCAAUGAAAAUUGUCAAAAAUAAAAAAAUAGCUUCUUAGGAAAGGGCAAUUUCUCAAGCAAGAAUUGAACUGUCUGGACAUGGUCUGAGUGGGGUGGGGAAAACAGAAAACUAGCUGAUAUUGGCAGAGGUUUGGAAUUCUCUUUCUUAUUGGUCUUUUAACUAAUUUACCGCAUGGUGAUGUCACCAUGGAAGGCCAUAACUCCAUCCCAUCAAAACUUUUCAACCAGCUCUUACAUUAAAAGGGCGUUAUAAUAAUUGUCACAAUUUCACAGUAUUAUUCCAACCUCAGAGUGUGGAAAUAUAUAUAUAUAUAUAUAUAUAUAUAUAUAUAUAUAUAUAUAUAUAUAUAUAUAUAAAUAACACAGGAAAAUCAUGUGUUUGACUGCACUGGGCCUUUAACAAACCAUACAACUCUAUGCUCAAUGACUACUUUGAACAAUUUACACAGUAAAAAAUAACAUUUACUUAAAUUGUGCAGACGCCAAGUUUGGUAACAGAAUUACAGUAAAGUCUCCCUCAGUUGUAUUCUGUUACCAAACUUUGUAUCUGCACAGUACCUCCUAUGAAUGUGUUUUAGUAACAUUUUAGAAAUUGUUAAAAGUAGUAAUUUUGCAUAGAGUUCUAUGAUUUGUGAAACUUUGAAAUCAAUGGUUUUUGUUUGGUAUACAUUUUAAAGUGAUGAAUCUGAGUCUCAGUGUAAUUCCAUUAACAUGGAAUUGCCCGUAUGCAUAAUGGGUCAACUUUGAGUACCUCUAGCUCCUGAUUGUUCUGGUAUUGAGGUCCAAAAUGGCACUUUCUGACCACUUCUACCAUGGGCAAACAUGUAUGGAAGGUUUCGUUUAAAUCAAAAGGGGUGUGGUCAGAAAGUGAUUUAAAUCAUAUGGAACCACCCAACGGAUGUGUAUGUUUGCAGAGAGAUUAUAGAAGUGUACGGCUGUGUCGGCUGUAUGUGUGUGUGUGUGUACUGUCCAGUAGGUGUCUUGUCCAGUGUAAUCCCUCUUCUGUGUUAAAGGAAAGGGACAGGAAGUUAUUGGGUCUUAACACCCCCUCCCCUUUUCUUCAUUUUUCUUCUUACUGGAUCCCCACUGGUUGUUCGUCUGUGUGUGUGUGCGCAUCUGUGUGUGGGUUUGUUCAGAAGGGGGGCUGAAGGGUGCUCAUGAGAUGUUGUCUUUCCUGUUUUCUUCCUCUUCUUGUUUUGAAUGCUGCUGGGCUUCCUGAAUUGAGAUAGCAAUAUCUACUUAACAGGUGAAACGCCUACACGACCCAUAUAUGUGCGUUUGCUGUCACACACACACACACACACACACACACAUACACACACAGAGAGAGAGACAGACAAACAGACUUAUCUUUUCCCUUUCUCUCUCUGUGAGGCGCUGCCAACAGUGAGGGAAGGAGAGAGAAACACAGUCAAGCACAGCAUGGUUUUAAUUCUGCAAUUCACUUAUAGUGGGACAUCAUCGGCAUCAGCAGCUUUUCAUUUUGGAGCUGUGCUGUGAGGGUGGAGAUUCAGAUCUGUUCUGUACCCUCGGGCACCAAUUGCAAUGCGGCUCUGAUUAUUCACCAUCCUUAUGUUAUGGAAGAAAAAUCGCAGAAAAGCCCAAAAAGUGCUUUUGUGUGUGUGUCAGUGUGCACAUGCAUGGACGCACCAGAUUGCAUGUGUGUUUGCAGAUUAAAGAAUGAAAACAGAGUUUUUAUCAGAUUCAGGAAUUUUGUGUAGGAUGAGGUCAACACAUAGAGAGAGAUUGAAGGGGAAACCGGGGGGAAACAUCCAUUUGUUUUGUCAAAUGCCGGGGACCCCUCUUGGUUCCAUUGGGACUCUUUGAGACGGGACUAGUUGAUUUAAGACGCUGGCCCUAAGGGUGUUCUAAAUGUAGACAAGGAAGAGGCCACUCUCCUAUUGGACAAAGGGGUAGUUUUGAGAACAUUCAUUGGCCCUUGGAGUCAGGGGAGGGAGGAGGAUGAGGGUAGUGUGCUGUGCCUGUGCUGCAGCAACAAUGGGCUCAGUGUUAGAGGUUUUUGGUUUGCCUGGAGGGGUGGUGGUGUGGGGUUGGGGAAUGUCCUCAUUCAGGACGGCUGCUUGCUUUCAGCCAGGACCCCCCCCCCCCCCCCCCCUUCUCCCCUCCCCCCAACCCUUAGUAGCACUGUCCCCCAAAUCCCCAGUGCAAUUACAAAAAGUGACAGACACCAGCUUUGUGACCAGUAGGUGAUGCCAGCUGUUUAUGUGAGUGUGUGAGUACUUGAAAGAGACAGCAAAAAACAAGGCAAUAUGCUGCCAAGUGCUCUCUCAUCUCUGUUUUAAAGGCACAGCUCUUCUCUUAAACUUUGCCUCAACUUCUUGUGUGAUUGUGAACCAUAUUUAGCCUAACUAUACUCUUUAAGGACUUGUGUCGCCCACAUGGCCACACAUAUCCUGCUAUUAGUUGCAUUUCCUGUCUUAGUAGAGUGAAAUUAGUUAUGGGUGUGGGGGUGCGAGAAAAGGCGGGAAAAUGCUCUGAAUCAAUCCAUAAAGAGGAGAGCCCCAUUCCCAUAAAUCACUACUCCUCUGGCAGUGGCCAGUGGGGUUGUUUAGAUCCCCAUGGGAAAGCUGGGAUGUGGGGAGGCUGUAGUGUUUUAUGCUGUGGCCUGCCCGCCUCUGUCUCUCCACCUGCUGUUUCAUAUAGGCCUACACAUUUUCUGUGCAGGUCCUUGCAGAUUAUAGGAUCAGUAGUCUAGUGUGUGGGUGUGUGUGGCCUGGAAGCGGAACUGAAAAUGCAGAGUUAGCUAGGCUUCCUCUCUGCGUGUCGAUUCUGAGAAGGUGACAGAGUGUUACAGGAAGUCAGGCGGUGAGGUGGAGGAGGCACAGGAAGUCAAGAUGCAGCAACAUGGUCUGGUCUUACUGUAGUACAUAGGGCUCAGCCAGUCAGUGCUCCGACUCAAUCCUCUUCCUGUGUCUCAUUAACUUUUAUGUUGUAUGUAACUAACAGGCUGUGGAAACAAUUUCCCUCUCAGUCAUCAUCACAUGACGAGGGCCUGCUCUGCAGCACCCAGGAACAGCUUCAAUAUGGAACCAGUCUGUCUCGGUCUCUGAACCAUGUCUCCCCUUGUCUGUCACAAAGACUUAGGGCUAGAAAGGUCCUGUUCGGAUACUUUAAGAACUGGGCACCCUUCUUUCCUCCCUUCCUUGAGGGUAAUCGCUGAUCUGUGUGUUCUUGGAUAAAAAGAAGGCAGAGUUUCCAUUACAUUGCUUUCACCAAUCCUGGCCAGAUCAGUGACUAGUGACUUUCAAAGGGGAGGGGUAGGUAGGGGUAUCUCAACAUUCUAGGGCCUUCCUGCUUGCCUGUUCAAGGAAGGAUGGAAGGAAUUCAUCUAUUCUACAGCCUAAAAGUAUUAGAACAUCACCAUUACUCAUUAUGGUCGGCCAGCCCCCAUCAUGUCCUGGCCAGUCCCCAUCAUGUCCUGGCCAGUCCCCAUCAUGUCGUGGCAAGUCCCCAUCAUGUCCUGGCCAGUCCCCAUCAUGUCGUGUCCAGUCCCCAUCAUGUCGUGUCCAGUCCCCAUCAUGUCCUGGCCAGUCCCCAUCAUGUCGUGUCCAGUCCCCAUCAUGUCCUGGCCAGUCCCCAUCAUGUCCUGGCCAGUCCCCAUCAUGUCGUGUCCAGUCCCCAUCAUGUCGUGUCCAGUCCCCAUCAUGUCCUGGCCAGUCCCCAUCAUGUCCUGGCCAGUCCCCAUCAUGUCGUGUCCAGUCCCCAUCAUGUCCUGGCCAGUCCCCAUCAUGUUGUUUCCAGUCAGUUAGCCCUUUCUGCUGUGUUUCUCAGAAAGCUGACUGAGCGUGCUGAUCUAAGGCCUAGUACUGAUUGACUCUGAUCAUUUGUGCCUGCAUGCCGGCGAUGUCCGGGACCUUCAUUUAGGUCGGAGAGAGAGGCAGGAGAGACUAUUUGGACUUGGGCACUGUGACCUCACUCACUAGACUAAGAUAAUGGCCUCUAAAUGCUGCUGUACUGUUUGUUCCCUUGUGGAGUUGGAGGACUUUUAUAUCCCUCUAUUUGUAAAUAACCUCAUACAGUUGUCUUAUAAAAUCCACCACAGUCUUAACUACACAACUAGGCCUAUAUCAAAUGUAGACCUACAGUGUCUCACUCAGACACUCACUUCUCCAGCUUUUUAAAAACAGAUUGAAGCAUCACACAGCUGCUCAUUUACAAGCAUUUCGCUACACCUGCAAUAACAUCUGCUAAAUAUGUGUAUGUGACCAAUAAAAUUGUAUUUGAUGUUGGCAAUGCUCUAAUUCCAUACCGUGGGAAGGACCUCUCCCCCUCUUGCCUUGUUUACACACAGCUGAUAAAUCUGAUAUCUUGAGAUUUAUUUUAGGGUGACUGUUUAGACACGUAUUGGAGAUAGACUUGAUCAGUAUUUGGGGAGACUUGCAUUGUCCCUGCUUGUGUUUGGGACAUGCAUGGCGUUUGCAACGCCAGGGUUGUGGGUUCGAUUCCCACUGGGGGCCAGUAUGAAAAAAAAGUAUAAAAAAAUAAUGUAUGCACUCACUAACUGUAAGUCGCUCUGGAUAAGAGCGUCUGCUAAAUGACUCAAAUGUAAAUGUAAUGUAUCCACUUGAUGUUUGAAUGUCAUAUGAGGGCAAUAAAGGUUUCCUCUACUGUUCUAUUAUUAGGCUUGUAGGAUUGGUGAACGACCUUGGAUCUAUAGAGGAGGAUUAGUGAAUGACCCCAGAGUCUGACCCCUUCUCCUCUCUCUCUUCUCCCUCAGCCUCCGCUGGUUCAGGCCAUCUUCAAUGGAGACCCUGAGGAGAUACGUAUGCUCAUCUACAAAUCGGAAGACAUCAACGCUCUGGUAAGACCACUAGACAUGUUCCAUUCACCGUACUUCCAUGCUCUAGAGCACGCAAACGGAGCACGGGUACUGUUUCCCCUCUUGGUCCGAGGCCCAGGGGUCGGGUCAGUAUGGGCAAAAGGUCAAAGGUCAAACCUAUGUUUAUUUACAACAGCCCAGAGAUAUUCUUAAUGGCUCCAGCAGGACAGGACAUGGGCUGGUCCCAACCUUUGUUCUCUUUAUUCACGGGUUAUUUAGUCUCCUAUGGGCAGUUGACUGCUAUCAGAGGCUCUACAAUGAGAAAGCUGUCAGUAACCAGGCUUCCAUCCAACCUUUUUAUGCCAGUAAAGUAAAUGUUGGAUAAAACAUGUCACGACAGGCCUGAUGGAAACAGGACAUUUGACGGUAAACUUUCCAAAUGUCGACAAAACAAAAUAUGCUUGACAAGGUGGGAACUUUUUGUGUCUGUAAAAUUAAUUCAGUGAGUAAUGGCGGUGGAAACGCUUUUAUUCGCAAAUAUUGAUAUAAUAACCAUAAUAUUGAAGUAAACUUGCAGUCACGCAGUAAUAUGUUGUGUGGUCCGCUACGACUCGGGAAAGCACACACUUUAUUAGGCUACAGAUUAAAUAAGGUAUGAUGAACUUCACAGGGUGAUGAGCUUGAUGCGCCUUUCCAAUAAAUAUCGAGGGUCUUAUUCUGGUGACAUGGUGAUCGAUACUUGGCUGCCGUUUGACAAAUAAAAAUAAUCUUGCUCUUUUGUCCAUAAUAAUCUCAUCAUGUAGGCUAUACCCGCACCGUAUCUGCCAGCUGUUGGCUAGUGCACACAUGCCAAAACCAGAGUGGGCACAUUUGGUAUACAGUAUAACACAACAUAUUAUGUGACAAAACCAUCAGUAGAGUUGAAGAUGCGAUGGAAACCCAUUUACCUUGUAUUUUUUAUUCAGUACAUGGGAAUUUAACCGCAGAAGUUAUUUUAUGUGCACAUCACGCACAGCCUUUUAUCCGCAACAAGUCAAUUUGAUGCAAACACGUCUCUGGUGGGAAAAUUUGCAUAUUGUUUUUAUGCGGAUUUUAGAAUAUUCACAUGAAAAUAUGUCGCCAUUGGAUGUAAACAUAGCUAUUUUACAGUUUAGAUGUGUUUUUUGUUUGAGAGGCAGUGGAGGGCCGGGCCGGCUGGAUUUGAGGGGUUGUUUUGUCUCUGGUAAUGUUUGCCUUGCCAUUGUAGAUGGAGUGGGGUUGGGCUCUUUGGCCUAACUCUGCCUAAAAUAUCUGACUUCAGUUGGUUUGAACUGGAAAAUAAUUGUACCAGUGGCCCUGGAUGUUGUCCACAUACAGAUCAGAUAUAUGGGCUAAUAAAGCUCCCUACCUCUCUCCAUCUCUCUCCGUCAGGAUGCAGAUAAGCGCACCCCGCUCCACGCUGCAGCCUUCCUGGGUGAUGCUGAGAUCACUGAGCUUCUCAUCCUCUCCGGUAAAUAAACUCUCUCUCCUCUCUCCUCUCUCCUCUCUCUCCUCUCUCUCUCUCACACAAUAUCCCCUGCUUUACAGCCUUAGUGAAAAAAAAAAAAAAGAUUUAUAUGGUUACAAUGUAUGGAGUAGAAAGUAGCUUUUAUCACAGAUUGUUUGGACAAUGUGGCUCCAAGAUCUUUCAUUUUCCCUCCCUGCUAAUGCCAGAUUGCCUCUCUAUCUAUCUCUCUCCGUCUCUAUCUCUAGGGGCACGGGUCAACGCCAAAGACAGCAUGUGGCUCACCCCUCUCCACCGCGCUGUGGCGUCCCGCAGUGAGGUAGGUCGGUGGAUACACACACACACACACUGCAUGGGAUGUACUCAUGUGUGAGUGUACUGUGGCCCUGACACACACUCACACACACGCAUUUCUCAUGACAUACAGUGACAGGCCAAACAGCAUGGCGACACAUUCUUAGGGCCCCAUGCUGAGACACAGGUGGUAAGAUGCUAAACCAAGCCUAAGCUGCCCAGCAGGAUCUGUGGUAGAGAGGAGAGGAGAGCACACUCGGCUACAAUCACCAGCCUGACCAUCGUCCACCACUCUCUGCUCUGAGAGCCAGUCAGUCAGUAGCACAUUCAGCAUAGAAACCAGAACCAUAUCCAUAGCAGAGCCGUAUCAAUUUAUCAACACAGCCAACACAAAUCUCUGUGUCAGUCCCCUGGAGUAAACUGGUAAUUCAACAUGGCUAGGAUAGUUUAGGAUUGACUGACUCACUCACUAAUGUGUGGGCCUGUGUAUGAACUAUUAAUAUGUGCAUCUCGGUUUAUGUCUAGUUGUUGAAUGUUUGCGUCUCUGUUUACAGAGGCAUGUACAUUCAUGAAUGUUUAAAGGCAUUUCCUGUAUACAUGUUCUUCUCUCUAUGCUGCUUACGGAACACACACACACACACACAUUGUACUGUCUCUACUCUCCUCACACGUCUCAUGCUGUUCUAACACUGGUCUACAGGAGGCGGUUCGCGUGCUGAUCCGUCACUCUGCUGACGUGAAUGCGCGGGAUAAGAACUGGCAGACGCCGCUUCACGUUGCCGCGGCCAACAAGGCCCUGCGCUGCGCUGAGGUCAUCAUCCCCCUGCUGAGCAGCGUCAACGUGUCGGACCGCGGGGGGCGCACCGCCCUGCACCACGCCGCCCUCAACGGGCACACUGAGGUACUACAGACUGGGGGAUCACAUAUUUUAUUUAUAUCUCUUAUGUACAUCCAUACAAAUGCCCAAUUCAGGAAGUGAAAUGCAAUCAACCCCUAGUGAGACAAUCGCCUAGGGCCUAGGCACUCCAUGUAUACUGAACAAAAAUAUAAACGCAACGUGCAACAAUUUCAAAGAUUUUACUGAGUUACAGUUCAUAUAAGGAUAUCAGUCAUUUGAAAUGAAUUUAUUAGGCCUUAAUCUAUGGAUUUCACAUGACUGGGAAUACAGAUAUGCAUCUGUUGGUCACAAAUAGGGCUGUGGAUCAGAAAACCAGUCAGUAUCUGGUGUGACCACCAUUUGCCUCAUGCAGCGCGACACAUCUUCUUCGCAUAGAGUUGAUUAGUCUGUUAAUUGUGUAAUGUUGUCCCACUCCUCUUCAAUGGCUGUGCGAAGUUGCUGGAUAUUUGCGGGAACUGAAACACGCUGUCGUACACGUCGAUCCAGAGCAUCCCAAACAUGCUCAAUGGGUGACAUGUCUGGUGAGUUUGCAGGCCAUGGAAGAACUGGGACAUGUUCAGCUUCCAGGAAUUGUGUACAGACCCUUGCGACAUGGGGCCGUGCAAUAUCAUGCUGAAACAUGAGGUGAUGGCGGCGGAUGAAUGGCACGACAAUGGGCCUCAGGAUCUCGUCACAGUAUGUGCAUUCAAAUUGCCAUCGAUAAAAUGCAAUUGUGUUCGUUGUCCGUAGUUUAUGCCUGCCCAUACCAUAACCCCACCGCCACCAUGGGGCACUCUGUUCACAACGUUGACAUCAGCAAACCCCUCACCCAUAUGAUGCCAUAUCAGCGGUUGUGAGGCCAGUUGGACGUACUGGCAAAUUCUCUAAAACGACGUUGGAUGCGGCUUAUGGUAGAGAAAUAAACAUUCAAUUAUUUGGCAACAGCUCUGGUGGACAUCCCUACAGUCAGCAUGCCAAUUGCACGCUCCCUCAAAACUUGAGACAUCUGUGGCAUUGUGUUGUGUGACCAAACUGCAUAUUUUAGAAUGGCCUUUAAUUGUCCCCAGCACAAGGUGCACCUGUGUAAUGAUCAUGCUGUUUAAUCAGCUUCUUGAUAUGCCACACCUGUCAGGUGGAUGGAUUAUCUUGGCAAAUGAGAAAUGCUCACUAACAGGGAUGUAAACAAAUUUGUGCACAACAUUUGAGAGAAAUAUGCUUUUUGUGUUUAUGGAAAAUGUCUGGGAUCUUUUAUUUCAGCUCAUGAAACAUGGGACCAACACUUUACAUGUUGCGUUUAUAUUUUUGUUCGUUGUAGAUCUGAAAGACUUGGAUAGAGGUGUAGGAAAUAUGGUAAUGGUGCCAUCUUGCCCUCUGAAUGGCUAGUGAGUGACGACAACUGUAUUUAAAUAUUUUUGCCCACACAAGCAGCAUAAUAGGUAGUAAAGGUAAAGUUACACAGGCACAUAUUUGAAUAGUUGUUUUUGCUUAAAUACUAGUCUGAUUUACAUAUUUAGAAUGGUUACAUAAAGAGCCUCGCCCACUCUUGGCCCUCCGAAGUACACACACACAGACCUGACUCACCACUGAAACACACCGCUCACACACUCCCCUCUCCCUCCUUUCCACUUUCUUUCUGUCUCUCACUAUCUUUUUCCCCUCUCCAUUUCAGAUGGUUAACCUGCUACUGGCUAAGGGAGCCAACAUUAAUGCCUUCGAUAAGAAAGAUGGCCGCGCCCUGCACUGGGCAGCAUAUAUGGGUGAGACAUAUAGACAUUAUAGAGUGUACCUCUCUGUACCAAGUCUGCUUCAGGCAUUCAGAUCUUUAUAUGUGAAAUGGAAAUAGUAUGAGUCAUCUAAUAGUCAGAAAACAGAGCCAAACAACAUUGGUUGGUUUAUUGUGGGAUUACUCAUAUUGCUGAACAUUUGAUGGAAACAUUAUGGUUUUGAAUGGUGACUUUCUUGUAAGAUUACUGAUGUUGCUAAACAUUUGUAAGUGGAGGACUGUACAUUGAGUGUGCUAUGGUGUGCCCCCUGCAGGUCAUCUGGAUGUAGUGUGUCUGCUGGUCAGCCAGGGGGCAGAGGUCAGCUGUAAGGAUAAACGUGGUUACACUCCACUACACACGGCCGCUUCUAAUGGUCAGAUCGCUGUGGUCAAACACCUACUCAACCUGGCCGUGGAGGUAUGAAGAAAUGGACGCAUGCACACAAACACACGCGCGCGCACACACACAUAAUGUGGAAUGUUGACUUGCUCUCCGCUCCUCUGUGACUGCAGAUAGAUGAGGCCAAUGCGUUUGGUAACACAGCUCUGCACGUGGCAUGUUUCAACGGUCAGGAUGCUGUGGUCAGUGAGCUGAUAGACUACGGGGCUAACGUCAGCCAGCCCAACAACAAGGGUUUCACCCCACUGCACUUCGCUGCAGCCUCCACCCACGGAGCCCUCUGUCUGGAGUUCCUAGUCAACAACGGGGCUGACGUCAACGUCCAGGUGGGGAUAGACGCUGUUUCUGUCUGGGAGAGAAUUAAUGCUAUGACUAGCUUGGUUUCCAUCUUAUACAUAAUCUCAUCAUGUACCCUCUGCACUGUAUCUACCAGCUGUUGGCUGGAGCGCAUCUGCCAAGACCAGAGUUGCCACAUUUGCUGUUUAUCACAGACUAAUAUGAGGAUUUUACCAGCAGCGGUAUGUUUCCAUCAAACUGGCUUCUUGUGAAUUAAAAGCUGUGCACAAUGAUAUAGUGCACAUGAUGAGAUUAUGUAUAAGAGCGAGAUCAUUUUUAUUUGUCAAUUGGGAGCCAAUCACCGAUCAUCAUGUCACCAGAAUACAAAUGAAGACCCUUAAUAUUUAUCGGAAAGGAGCAUCAAGCUCAUCACCGUGUACUUUCACCACCCUGUGAAGUUCAUCAUAACUUAUUUCAUCUGUAACCUAAUAAACUGUGCGUGCUUUUCAAAGUUGUAGCAGGAGGACCAUACAACAUAGCAUCAUGUUUCUGCAAGUUUACUGUGACAUGGUUAUUCUAUCAACUGCCAUUUGUCGAGUGAUGUAUUUCACCUUCCCAAAAAUUCUCCACCCCUGUGUAAUUCUCCAGCCCUAUUUUGUUCUGUUGACAUUUAAAGAUGCACUAUGCCGAAAUCGCUCCGCCAUUUCCUGGUUGCAAAAAUUGUAAUACAGUAGUUCACUUCAUUUCAGUUUGGCAAAACAAGCAAGUAUAAUGUAGAGAAUCAUUGUACCAUCUAAACAGCUGUGAAAUAUAUUUUCCAUAACCUAAAAUAUUGUAUUUUCAGCUGUUUGAAGCUGGUGUACAAAACCGAAAGUAAAAGACGCAAAAACAAAACUUAAGACUUUCAAUGAGAAUGACAGAUCUAUAACACAAAUUUCUAUGUGAAUUUGGUCGGGUCGCCCAAAAAGUAACAUAUUGCAGCUUUAAGGAAAGUUUACCGGCAAUUGCUGUUUCCAUCAGGCCUGUCAUUAGUUUUUUUUAUCCGACAGGUACUUUACUCGCAUAAAAAUAGUUGGAUGGAAACCUGGUUACUGACUGUCUCUGGAUCUGUCUUUCUCUGACUGACUCUCCUGUUAGUCUUUAUUUCAGUCUAUUCCACUGCUGGUAUCACUCCCAUCUUUUUUCUCUCUCUCAGAGUCGGGAUGGGAAGAGCCCCCUCCACAUGACAGCGGUCCACGGCCGCUUUACUCGCUCCCAGACACUCAUCCAGAAUGGUAAGACGUGUGUGUGUGUGUGAGUUCACAAGGAUUAUUGUAAUUGUCCUUAUUGACUAAACUGUGCUUACUGUACUGUAGGUGGUGAGAUUGACAGUGUGGACAAGGAUGGAAACACUCCUCUUCACAUCGCUGCUCGCUAUGGUCACGAGCUCCUCAUUAACACACUCAUCACCAGCGGAGCCGACUGCACAAGGUGUGUGUGUGUGUGUGCGCACGUGGGGGAAUGGAUGCUUGGAUCCCUUUUCUUUCACUUGUUUUGGUGUAAUAUAUAGCGGUACAGUAUGUAUUUAUAGUAAAGACCUCUUUCUCUCUCUCUCUGCAGACGAGGGGUCCAUGGUAUGUUCCCUCUGCACCUAGCUGCUAUGAACGCCCACUCAGACUGCUGCCGGAAGCUGCUCUCCUCAGGUAACCUACCAGCACCGGCACAAAGCCAUUGGCUGUGUGUACUCUGUUUCACCCUCUUCCUUGGACAAAGAACAGGAAUGUCUUAUUGCUGCUUUCCAGUCCUGAAUUCCUCAACAGGGGAACUAUUCAGCCUUGGUCAGAUUGGAGUCACAUUGUUCCUCUGACAGCAAUACAAGGCAAUGGGCCUGCAAACACAGACAGGCAUUGGGCCAGCAUACAGAGAUGGUCUGAUCAGGCAUUGCUAGCUGUUUCUCUCCUUGCAGACAAGAAUUUGUCUAAGCUAGUGCUCCUCUUGAAAUAAGAGACCUGAUUGUUUGAUAGAUACUGGCAAACUUCUAUCUAGAGACAAUUUUGGCUCUAGUCUGGAAAUCUCAGGCUCUGUUUGAAAGGAUCUGUGCAGUUUCACUUGACUGUGGGGUCAGACCCAUAUGGUAGGGGGAAACUGAGCUCUGUGAGGGCUCUGAGGCCGCUACUGUAGGAAAACAACAAAGGAAGGCCUUUGAUGUUGAGUGAUUUACAUGAGCUGGAGCACUCAGUGCAGCUGCACAGUUUUAUUUGUGCUGAGGAGACAGCCGGCUUGAACCACAGGGUUAGAGGGGUGGUUUAAGGGCAAUAUUCAUAGCCUUCAGUAUCCAUAGCUGUUAACCCCCCUCCCCCUUUACUGACUACAAUGGUUUGACCCAGCAUACCCAGAUUCUAGGCAGGACCAACGUGUGAUGGGGAUUCAAAUAGAACUCUGCACGAAACAGUCCUUAACUCAUAGCAUGCUUCCCCUGCCUACACUCUUUCUCACUUCCUCUGUUUUGUGUGCUUUCAGAGUAGAAGUAUGUGUAGAAGUAAGAGUAUUAGAUUAUAUCUCAGCCUGCCUGUCUCUCACUUUACCUCACAUUGUAACCCUGUGUGUUUUCUAGCCUGCCUGUCUCUCACCUUGUAAUCCUAUGUGUUUUCCUGCAUUAACACCUGUCUCUUUCUCCACCUCCCUGUCCCAUGUGUCUCUCCCACUUUCUUCCACUGUCUUCCUUGCUAUGUGGCUGUAUGUUGCCUCCCUCCCUCUCUCCCUGUGUACGUCACCCCCUUUAGGAAGGAGGUAUAGCAUAAUGUGUCCCCUCAGUAACGACCCCUCAUCCUCGGCCCUGUCUGCAGGCUUCCAGAUCGACACCCCAGACGCACUGGGGAGGACCUGUCUACACGCUGCCGCCGCCGGGGGGUGAGUCUCUCUCUCUAUGUGUUUGUGUGUGUCUGAGGAAGAGAGAGAAAUACCCGCACGCUGUAUAUGCUCCUGUACAGUUUAUUUCACCAUUUCUGUCAGAAGGGCUUCAUCAGGUGUCUGUCUGUUUCUGUCUCUGUACAUCUUUCUUCAUGUCACUGUAUUCAAAACAGAAUUUGUCAUGAUUAUAAAAUGUAUUCUCCCUCUCCCUCUCCCUCUCCCUCUUCCUCUCCCUCUUCCUCUCCCUCGUUCUGCAGUAAUGUGGAGUGUGUGAAGUUGCUUUUGAGCAGCGGUGGGGACCACAACCGGAGGGACAAGUGUGGCAGGUGAGUUCUCUUAGAGGACAGGUAGAAGGGUGGGGGGAAGUCUGAAGUAGGGGCAGAUGAACAGGAGUUGAAAGCUGGUUCUUACUGAGGUGAGGACCCUGCUGAAAGGACAUCAUGGAGAAAGAGAACAGAGCUUAGAGUGGGGGCUGCAUCCGUUUGUGGUCUAUUUCUGUCAGUUCCUCUCUCCAGUUCCUGUGUAGGUGUGUUUGUGUGGUCACAGCAAUUUGAGUCCUCUGACUCAACACUUUAGUCCACGCUUCAUAUUUUUGUUGCACUCUAAAGUGUGACUCAUCUCAAUGUGCUGGCGUAUAACACUGUCCUUGUGUGUCUGUCCGUCUGUCUCUGUCCAUCUGUCUGUGUGUCUCUCUCUCUCCAGGACCCCUCUCCACUAUGCAGCGGCCAGUCGUCACUAUCAGUGCCUGGAGACCCUGGUGUCGUGUGGGACCUGCAUUAACGCCACUGACCAGUGGGGGCGCUCUGCCCUGCACUACGCAGCUGCCUCUGACCUGGACAGGAGGUGAAGCUCACUGACCAGACUUAGGGACGAAUCCUAACUUCCACUUAAGAGUUAAAUUCCCACUUAGUCUCCAAUAUACAGCAAUGCAUGACUAAGUGAACAUUUGUCAUACAUGCAAACUACACCGGCCACGUUGCGUGCACGAGCGUUGCAAAAUAAAUGUACACUUACAUGUUAUUCAAUAAUUUCACCCACACCGCUCGCUCACGUGAACGAGCGUCUGCGUAGCCAAGUGCUAAAUACAACAUGGUUCUAAUUAAGAAGCUCCACGCGCUGCGAGUCCCCUCCUUAUUGGAUAACAGGAAGAUACAAACCCAUGUGGAUGCUUGAAAGACAAACAAGGAGAGAUUAAUUAAAGAUAACUAACUAGGUGUCUGUACGUACUAGGGAUGGGCAUGGUUAUUCGAAUAUCCGAAAGGGACGUUAGUAUUCGAUCACUAUUCAUUUUUGAAAGCAUUUUUAUUUUUAUAGUUAGCACUGUAAACAUAGCCUACAGUUCUGAAGACGCACAAAGAAAUUAUUUUAUUUUCGAGUUAAUUUUCUCUCUGUCACGACUUCCGCCGAGGCUGCCUCCCCUCCUUGUUCGGGCAGGUUUCGGCGUUCGGUGUCACCGGCUUACUAGCUACUGCCGAUCCAUUUAUCAUCACUCCAUUUGUCUUGUCUUCAAUCACACACACCUGGUCCUUAUUCCCUCAUUAGUCAUGGUAUAAGUGUUCCCUCUGCUUCCUUGUCUGUGUGGGUGAUUGUUUAUUGUGGAGGUUAGUGAAGCUCGGUGGAGCGCGUGUAUUUUGUAUCGACGGGAGUAUUUUCCAGUGCGCCUUGUAUUUUCCAGUGCGCCUGUUUUGUGCCCUGGAGUGUGUUUGACGCAUUUCUAUAUUAACCUGUAUUUUGCGGAUUAAAGCCUGUUAUUCUGUGAUUUACCCUCCUGCGCCUGACUCCUUCAACACCGCCUCAUCACACUCUCUCUCAUGUUGUGCUUUACAUGAAAAGGCAAAGUGGAUUUAAACCUCCAGUCAGCCCUGACAACGGUAGCCUAUUGUAUUUUCCCCACUUCAAAUAGCCUCUAACGGAGAUUCCACUAUAUCUGACACAGAUCAAUGCAAAACACUCAGGAAACGUUUUUGAAACGGAAUCUAUCACGGUGAACAUCAGAGAUCUCUGUCACUGUUGCUGACUGUUAGCUAAAAACUACCGGAGAAUAGCAGUCAAAAAACAAUCUGGAUAUCCGAAGAAAUGUCAUGAUAUUAUUCGAAUAGUGAAAUCAUUUCAAAUGCCCAUCCCAAGUCGGCAGCAGACUUAAGUCUGUUCAGUGUUCACACCCCUGAUUGUUUUAAUACCAGGAAAUUCAGACUAGCACAGCUGUAAACGCUUGGUGACCCUGAAUACGACCCCUGAAUAAUAGAAAGUCCAUCUAAACCCCACUUUUCCCAUAGGAUUUAUCUUUGCCUAAGCUAUUGUCAGAAAAAAUGGCGUAUUGCGAAUGUCUUAAUAUUUUUCUGCUGUGUGUCUUGUGUUGUAAAGGCGACGUCAGGCUCUGGAGCCAGAGAGUGAAGGGGUCCAGGCAGAGAAGGAGAAGGAGGCUGCACUGUGAGUAUACUAGUUUAUUUCUAUGAGUAUUACUGCCUCAAUCUGGGCAUCCAGGUAGUCAGUCAGCACAGACUAUGGCUCAGUGCAAACCGUGCCUAUGGUUCGGACUAUUUGAGAACGUCCCUCUUUCUCUACUCUGUGUACACAGACCCGUUCAGACAGACAAUACCUUCUCUCAUUGGCUCUCUCAGCUUGUUUGAAUAGCCUUUGCAUAUGUCUGUAGAACAUGUCUGACUCUCUCUCUCCCUCAUAUUCUCUCCCAGUCUGAGGCUUUGUUCACUUUUUAAUAACCUUUAUUGAAAUAUUGAAGUGUUUACGUCGGACGAUAUUGUGUGUUUUUGUACUAGAUGUCUGGAGUUCCUGUUGCAAAGUGGUGCUACUGCCUCGCUGAAAGAUAAGCAAGGCUAUAGUCCUGUCCACUAUGCUGCAGCCUAUGGCCACAGACACUGCCUGGAGCUGGUGAGUACACACACGCUUAUGCAAAAUCAUCUGCGCAAGUGCAACCACACAUGAGGAAAUCCAUUUUUUUGGGUUAUAUAAUCCAGAGAUGGCUCUUGUCUUUUGCCCCAUCUGCUAGUUAACAAUGAAUCUGUGUGUAGAAUAUCGUAAAGAUAUCGUCAAUACACACAGCUCACAAAUACCACUUACCGAAUUUGAAUGAUUUGUUUUGAUGUGAACUGUGUGGUCUGUGGUUGUGGUUUCAGCUGUUGGACCGAGACGAGAGUCACCAGGAGGACCCAGAAUCUCUGAGUGCCAGGAGCCCCCUGCACCUCGCUGUGAGUCGUUAUAAUACGCAGACAUACAUUAUCAUAUAUCCACUCUAGCCAUGCAUUUUCUCAUUCACUGCCAUGCAUUAUAAUGGGGGCGAAUGAGCAGGAAAAAUACUUGUUUUUAUGGUCAGGGCACGUGAUCAGGGAAAACGGAUAACUGGCGUUAUCACUUAUAUACAGCCAUACAAACAUUACCACAGAGUAUACAUUGCAUAGACUGUGUCUUUGAAUGCCAACAGCUGGUGUGUGUGUAAUCUGUCUGUAUGUCUCCCCAUCCUCCAGGCAUACCACGGCCAUGCCCAGGCUCUGGAGGUGUUGCUGCAGGGGGAGAGGGAAGUGGACCAGGGGGACGAGGCUGGUCGUACUCCACUUGCCCUAGCGGCCCUCAGGGGCCACACUGACUGUGUCCACACCCUCCUCAGCCAGGGGGCCUCGCCACGCACCACAGACACCAACAGGGGACGCACCCCUGUACACCUAGCAGGUAAUGGAGACCACUGUGUGUGUGUGUGUGUGUGAGAGAAUUUGAAGUACUCUUUUGUGUGGUCCGUGUCACAUGAGGUUGGUGGCACCUUAAUUUGGGAGGACGGGCACGUGGUAAUGACUGGAGAGGAAUAAGUGAUAAGGUAUCAAAAACAUCAAACAUGGUUUCCAUGUGUUUACUGCCAUUCAAUUCGCUCUGUUCCAGACAUUAUUAUGAUCCGUCCUCCCCUCAGCAGCCUCCACUGGUCCGUGUGCACUAGUUCUGUACUCCGUUUUCUCUGUCUGACUUUCUCUAUCUCUCUCACGCACUCUCUCUCUUUCUCUCUCUCUCUCUCUCCUCUCUCUCGCCCCCUCUCGUGUGCUCUUUCUUUCUUUCUCUCUCUCUCUUUCUCUCUCUCGCCCCGUCUCGCUCUCUUUCUCUUUCUCACUCUCUCUCUCUCGCUCUCUGUUCUUAGUGAUGAAUGGUCAUACGUCGUGUGUGCGCCUCCUGCUGGAUGACCAAGACAGUGCAGACCUGGUGGAUGCCGCUGACUCUCGUGGACAGUGAGUUGACCAAUCCAUUCAUCUAUUAAUCUAUUGUACAUCUAUUGGAUGGGUUUUUAGAAAUAUGCUAACCAUUCAUGUACACUGAACAAAAAUAUAAACACAACAUCUAAAGUGUUGGUCCCAUGUUUCAUGAGCUGAAAUAAAUGAUCCCAGAAAUUUCCCAUAUACACAAAAAGCUUAUUUCUCUCAUGUUGUGCACAAAUUUGUUUACAUCCCUGUUAGUGAGCAUUUAUCCAUUGCCAAGAUAAUCCAUCCACCUGACAGGUGUGGCAUAUCAAGAAGCUGAUUAAACAGCAUGAUCAUUACAGAAGUGCACCUUGUGGAGGGGACAAUUAAAGGCCAUUCUAAAAUGUGCAGUUUUGUCACACAACACAAUGCCACAGAUGUCCCAAGAGGGAGCGUGCAAUUGGCAUGCUGACGGCAAGAAUGUCCACCAGUGCUGUAGCCAGAGAAUUGAAUGUUAAUUUCUCUACCAUAAGCCACCUCCAACGUUAUUUUAGAGAAUUUGGCAGUACGUCCAACCGGCCUCACAACCACAGACCACGUGUAACCACGCCAGCCCAGGACCUCCACAUCUGGCUUCUUCACCUGCGGGAUCGUCUGAGACCAGCCACCCGGACAGGUGAUAAAACUGUGGGUUUUCACAACCGAAGGAUUUCGUCACAAACUGUCAGAAACUUCUCAGGGAAGCUCAUCUGCGUGCUCGUCGUCCUCACCAGGGUCUUAACCUGACUGCAGUUCAGCGUCAUAACCAACUUCAGUGGGAAAAUGCUCAUCUUCGAUGGCCACUGGCACACUGGAGAAGUGUGCUCUUCACGGAUGAAUCCCGGUUUCAACUGUACCGGGCAGAUUGCAGACAGCGUGUAUGGCGUUGUGUGGGCGAGCGGUUUACUGAUGUCAACAUUGUGAACAGAGGGCCCAUGGUGGCAGUGGGGUUAUGGUAUGGGCAGGCAUAAGCUACGGACAACGAACACAAUUGCAUUUUAACAAUGGCAAUUUGAAUGCACAGAGAUACUGUGACGAGAUCCUGAGGCCCAUUGUCGUGCCAUUCAUCCGCCGCCAUCACUUCAUGUUUCAGCAUGAUAAUACACGGCCCCAUGUCGCAAGGAUCUGUACACAAUUCCUGGAAGCUGAAAAUGUCCCAGUUCUUGUAUGAACUGCAUACUCACCAGAAAUGUCACCCAUUGAGCAUGUUUGGGAUGCUCUGGAUUGACGUGUACAACAGCGUGUUCCAGUUCCCGACAAUAUCCAGCAACUUUGCACAGCCAUUGAAGAGGAGUGGAACAACAUUCCACAGGCCUUAAUCAACAGCCUGAUCAACUCUAUGCGAAGGAAAUGUGUCGCGAUGCAUGAGGCAAAUGAUGGUCACACCAGAUACUGACUGGUUUUCUGAUCCACGCCCCUAACUUUGUUUUAAAGGUAUCUGUGACCAACCGAUGCAUAUCUGUAUUCCCAGUCAUGUGAAAUGUAUUUCAAUCGACUGAUUUCCUUAAAUGAUCUGGAACUCAGUAAAAUCUUUGAAAUUGUUGCAUGUUGCUUUUAUAUAUUUGUUCAGUUGUAGUUCUAAAGGGACUGGAUAAGGUAUACAUUAUAUAGUAAUAUCUUGUGCUCACCUUUCUCUCUGAUAGGCGAGGUAGAAUUUUGGCCAUAGUGCUUACACCCAUGUAAUCCUUUCAGGUCUGAUUGGAUGGAUGUAAGUAAUAUGGUGAAUAUUCCACCUGACCUAUAAUACUGGUACAUCGGGAUGGGGGUUGAUUUGGGAUUGGGGAUGUGUCUACCGAUCCGGUUGUCCCGCUCUGACUGUCCCCUCUCUGUCCCUGUCAGGACUCCUCUGAUGCUGGCGGUGGCAGGGGGACAUGUGGACGCUGUGUCUCUGCUGCUGGAGAGAGAGGCUGUUGUAGACACAGCAGACAGCCAUGGCCUGACCGCCCUGCAUCUUGGGGUGAGUGAGUGUGUGUGUGUGUGUGUGUGUGUGUGUGUGUAUGGCUGUAACUGUGUGACUGUGACUGGUCAUGUGUAUAUGGAUGUGUGUGUGAUUGUACUGAAUUCUGGGUAGCUUGUAACAACAUGAUCUCUUUGUCCAGUCUAAAAGUUUAAAGGUGAUCACUGUCUCGUUCCCAUUUUCCCUUUAUCGCCACUCUCUCCUCUCUUUCUUCCUCCUCCUCUCCCAGUUGCUGUGUGGUCAGGAGGAGUGUGUCCAGUGUCUGUUGGAGCAGGAGGCCUCUGUGUUGCUGGGGGACUCCAGGGGCCGAACAGCCCUCCAUCUGGCUGCAGCGAGGGGCCACGCAUCCUGGCUCGCUGAGCUGCUGAGUAUCGCUUGUUCUGAACCACCCAUGCCCCCCCUCCGAGACCACCAGGGGUACACCCCCCUGCACUGGGCCUGCUACUAUGGUCAGUCACUAGACCUACCUACUGCAGGCCUGCCUCAAACCAUGGCUUGAUCUCCAAUCAAUGUGCCUGAGGAUUUUGUCUCUACGUAUGUAUUUUAUGUGAAAUACCUUUUUAUGUUUGCAUGUUCUAAUAAUCUUGUGUGUGUCCAGGUCACGAGGGCUGUGUGGAGGUACUGCUGGAGCAGAAAGGUUGUCGCUGUAUCGACGGGAACCCCUUCACUCCCCUGCACUGUGCUGUGUAAGUCUUCACAUACAUGAAGCACAGUAUUGCCUAUAGAUGUCAGUGUUGACUGUGUUUUGCCUCAUGGACAACAGUGUUAACAUUCUGUGUUUUGCUUCUCAGGGUGAAUGAUCAUGAAUCCUGUGCCUCACUACUGCUGGAGGCAAUGGGAUCAGACAUCGCCAGCUGUAAGGAUGCUAAGGAUAGGUAAGUCAUCACACACCUGAUUCAGAUACAUAUUGGAGUUGCCCAUUCCUGGAUCAGAUACGGAUGUAUCUCACACAGCCUGUCCUCAAUCUCUAACUUCUGUGUUUUAUUCUCUCUUCCUCAUUCUGUUUUCCUUUCCUCUCCUCACACAUCCUCCCCUUUCUCUCUCAGGACUCCACUCCAUGCUGCAGCGUUCUCUGGUCAUGUGGACUGUGUCCAGCUGCUUCUGUCCCAUGAUGCACCUGUGGAUGCUGUCGACCAAUCAGGGCGCAGUGCGCUGAUGAUGGCUGCAGAGAAGGGAGGAGUGGGAGCUGUAGAGGUGCUGUUGACCAGUGCCAACGCCAGCCUGGGUUUGGUGGACCAGAAUGGCAACACAGCCCUCCACCUGGCCUGCAGUAGCGUGAGUGUCCACUAGGGAGAUUUCGCUCCCUAUUUCUUUGACAUACCACAUACAAAUACUAUAUUUACAAUCAUAGUGCAUAAUAUAUUAAUUUGUCUUCACUCUCUCCCACCCCCCCCCCCCCCACCAUCCCCCUCACCCUCUCUCAGGGAAAGGAGGAUUGUGUUCUGUUCAUCCUGGAGAGGCUAAAGGACACUGUUCUCAUAGGUGCCACAAACGCAGCACUGCAGACGUAAGUGUUCGUCAGAGAUAGGCCAUGGUUAAUCUCGGAACCGAGAACCAAAUAUUGUGUCCGCUAGCUACCUCAAUUUACUUCUAGGGUGGAAAUGUCUAGAUCUAAAAAAAAAAACCUGCAGAUUUAGCCCACUACAGAAACACUACAAACUUUCUGAUUGUUCUGUCCCUCCCAGGCCCCUCCACCUAGCGGCUCGUAGCGGUCUGAAACAGGCUGUCCAGGACCUGCUGUCCAGGGGGGCCAGUGUUCAGAUGUUGGAUGAGAAUGGUAGGUCUAAAGGUCUGGUCUGGGCAUGAACCAGUACCAGUGUGUUAAAGGGGUCUAACUGCAUGCUGCUAUUAUUUCAGCUGCCUGUGGUUCUGUGGUGUUGGCAUGUCUAUGUACAUUAGCUAGCUACAGCGGUCUGUGUCUGUCUGUGCUCUGGUAGGCUAGAGCUGCAGCUAACGGGUUUGUAGCUCUCUGGCCCAGUCCCAGUCCCACCUGUCGAGUAUUGUUAUUAGGGCCAGGAGUUUUUCCUGACCCUUGUCACCUGACUAGGAAAAACUUGAGGCCCUUGUCAUUAUGUCCAGGGAUUUAGGUUUGUAUUCAUUAUGAUGUAUAAGGAGUUAUAUACACUACCAGUCAAAAGUUUGGACACACCUACUCAUUCAAGGGUUUUUCUUUCUUUUUACUUUAUUUUCUACAUUGUAGAAUAAUAGUGAAGACAUCAAAACUAUGAAAUAACACAUAUGGAAUCAUGUAGUAACCAAAAAAGUGUUCAACAAAUCUAAAUAUAUUUUAUAUUUGAGAUUCUUCAAAUAGCCACCCUUUGCCUUGAUGACAGCUUUGCGCACACUUGGCAUUCUCUCAACCAGCUUCAUGAGGUAGUCACCCGGAAUGCAUUUCAAUUAACAGGUGGAAUUUAUUUCCUUCUUAAUGCGUUUGAGGCAAUCAGUUGUGUUGUGAGGGGGUGGGGGGGAAUACAGAAGAUAGCCCAAUUUGGUAAAAGACCAAGUCCAUAUUAUGGCAAGAACAGCUCAAAUAAGCAAAGAGAAACGACAGUCCAUCAUUACUUUAAGAUAUGAAGGUCAGUCAAUACGGAACAUUUCAAGAACUUUGAAAGUUUCUUCAAGUGCAGCCGCAAAAACCAUCAAGUGCUAUGAUGAAACUGGGUCUCAUGAGGACCACCCCAGGAAUGGAAGAACCAGAGUUACCUCUGCUGCAGAGGAUAAGUUCAUUAGAGCUACCAGCAUCAGAAAUUGCAGCCCAAAUAAAGGCUUCACAGAGUUGAAGUCACAGACACAUCUCAACAUCAACUGUUCAGAGCAGACUGUGAAUCAGGCCUUCAUGGUUGAAUUGCUGCAAAGAAACCACUACAAAAGGACACCAAUAAGAAGACGAGACCUGCUUGGGCCAAGAAACACGAGCAAUGGACAUUAGACCGGUGGAAAUGUGUCCUUUUAGUCUGGAGUCCAAAUUAGAGAUUUUUGAUUCCAACCGCUGUGUCUUUGUGAGAUGCGGUGUGGAUGAACGGAUGAUCUCCGCAUUUGUAUUUCCCACCGUAAAGCAUGGAGGAGGAGGUGUUAUGGUGUGGGGGUGCUUUGCUGGUGACGCUGUCUGUGAUUUAUUUAGAAUUCAAGGCUCUCUUAACCAGCAUGGCUACCACAGCAUUCUGCAGCGAUACGCCAUCCCAUCUGGUUUGGGCUUAGUGGGACUAUAAUUUGUUUUUCAACAGGACAAUGACCCAACACACCUCCAGGCUGUGUAAGGGCUAUUUUACCAAGAAGGAGAGUGAUGGAGUGCUGCAUCAGAUGACCUGGCCUCCACAAUCCCCCGACCUCAACCCAUUGAGAUGGUUUGGGAUGAGUCGGACGGCAGAGUGAAGGAAAAGCAGUCAACGAGUGCUAAGCAUAUGUGGGAACUCCUUCAAGACUGUUGGAAAAGCAUUCCAGGCAAAGCUGGUUGAGAGAAUGCCAAGAAUGUGCAAAGCUGUCAUCAAGGCAAAGGGUGGCUAUUUAAAAAAUCUCAAAUAAUUUUUUGGGGUUACUACAUGAUUCCAUAUGUGUUGUUUCAUAGUUUUGAUGUCUUCACUAUAAUUCUACAAUGUAGAAAAUAGUAAAAAAUAAAGAAAAACCCUUGAAUGAGUAGGUGUCCAAACUUUUGACUGGUACUGUAUAUAUAUAAAAUCAAAUCAAAUGUUAUUUGUCACAUACACGUGUGUAGCAGUUGUUAUAGCGGGUGUAGUGAAAUGCUUGUAAAGGUGCAGUAUAUGUUGUAUGUAUUCCCUGUCUGCUUGUCUGUUGUCUGUGCACUGUCUGCUGUCUGGGCUGGCUGUGUACUAAUGGAAUGCUGCUUUCUCCCAUUGUCCUCCCUUCCCUUGUCCCCCCAUCUCUCUCUCUGUUUUUUGCUUCGCUCUCCCCGCUUCUUCCAUGUUUCCUCCCCCUCUUUCUCUCUGUCCAUUUUCCCUUCUCUCUCCCUUCCUCUUCCCUACUUCUUUCCCCUCCCUAUCGCUCUCUCUCUACCAUCUUUCUCCACACCAUCUCUCUCUCCCACCCUCUUUCUCUCUCCCCAUCCUCUUCUCCCUAUCUCGCCCACUCUCCUUCUCUCUGCCCUCCUCUUUCUCCCCCAGGUCUGACGCCUGCUCUAGCUUGCGCUCCUAGCAGGGAGGUGGCUGACUGUCUGGCUCUCAUUCUGGCUACCAUGAUGCCUUUCUACUCCCCUUGCAGCUCCGGAGUCCCCUCCCCAGGUUCCCUCCUGAGGGCCCUAUCCAGGCAGGACAAGGGUUCCCGGGACCCUCGUAGCCCCAAGGCCCCCUCUGGCCCCUCCAGCGAGGGAAGUGCCAGUCAGGGCACCACUGAAAACGACUCAGACUCAGAAACCUUUUGACCCCUAUGACUAUGACCUAUGACCCUGACUCUUAUCAGACUACCUGGAUGUCUGCAGAGCCACACUUUCACACCACCAACCACCCCUGAUCCCUCGCUCGUGUCCCAAGAGCAGAACCUCUCAGUGGGGGCUUAUACAGGAUUUUGUCCCCACUAAUGGCUGGAGGGAUGGAGCUCAAACUCUAAUCUAAUGUGAUCCUGCCUGCUGGUGCAUCUUCUCCAGAUCAACCUAGGUACUCCGUCUCAGCUUGGCUAUCUAUGACAGCGGCUGAGACUUUUCUUAUUAAAGCCAUUUUUUAUUGUUUGUAUGAAAAGAGGACCAGAAAAGAACCUUUUUAAAAACCUUUUUUCUUUUGGUUGGUUGAUGUACCAAAUAUUGACUUAACAUAUAGUUAAAACAAGUAUAUGUAUAUUUUUGUGUCGGGGUAGGUAUACAUGGAAAGGUACAUACUGCUCUAUCUGCCCAGUGAUGUGAGUAUAGCACAAACCAACUAAAGCACAAUUCUAGAAUUCACUUAUAAGCCUAUUAUAAAGAAACAUGGUAGAAUGCAUACCCUCUAGUUACAGUGUAUGGAAUGCUCUGUGCACGAGUCAGAGUCUGGCCUUGGUGCACAGAAGUGGCACCAUUUCAACCUUGUAUGUUUCCACGUCAAUAGAAAUCAGACAUUUGGCCAUGAGUUUUUCCUGACCACAUCAACUGACCUGGAAAACUCUGGGCUGUAGUUAUUGGCUAUAGGUAACUCGGACCCAGAAUUGUUCCUGAUCCUGUCACGUGGUCAGUUAGGAACCUCCUGUCCCUAGUGUUACAGGACAACAGUGUUUCAGUAGUUUACAUGCUUAGAUACAGUAUGUCAGAUCAGGUCUCCAGUGAAGAGGUUGACACCUGUACGGUAUUUAUUAACGCUUAUAUUAUGGUACAGAAUACUGCUUGCACUUAAAAUGUAAAGGAGAGCAGGACCUUGACCACUCUUCUCUUCCCCUCCUCUCUCCAUCCCCCUUUCCCAUCUAGUCUGUUGUCUACCAACAACAAUGUGCCAGUCUAUCAAACUUGUCCAGUGCCUUGUUAAACCUUUGUAUUCAUUUUUUGUUUCAAUUUUCCAAAAAAGCGUACUCUUCUGAAAGAGUAUGCACAUUUUCCUGGUGCAUGUGGUCUCUAUUCAAUCCGUAUCGUGGAA